AUGUCAACCCCAACCCCAGACGACCCAACACCACCACCACCACCAACAACCACAACCACAACUUCCACCACAUCGCAACAACAACAACAACAACCCCGCCUCCCCGUCCAAACCCACCACUGCCGCUUCUGCAACCACCUCCUCCUCGCAACGACCCGCUCAAUCCCAUCCCUACCGCGACGCAAAGACCCCGCAAAAGACGGGGCGAUAAUCCUCCCUCUUCCGCGCGAUCACAGCACCACCGACGACGGCGAAGAAACCAAUUCCACUUCACAACCUUCCAAGAAACAAAAACACUACACGAUUCUUCUCUCCACCACUAUCCCCGAUCGAAAACAUACCCUCGUGCGCAGGGAAGAUGGGUUCGAGAAGAGGUUGCUCCUACGGUGUGGACGGUGUAGAGUGGUGAUGGGGUAUUUCUUGGAUGAGGUGCAUUUUGGGGGGGUGAGUUCUGCUGCUGCUGAAGAGGAUGGGGAGGGGGAGGGGGAGAAGGCGAGAGAGGUGGUGUAUCUGCUGCCUGGGGCUUUGGUGGAGACGGGGGUUAUGAUGCGGGAUGAGGAGUUGGAGAAGGUGGUCAAGGGGUUGGAUAGGGAGUGGGUGGGGUGGUUGGAGGGAUAA